AUGGCGCCUUCAAAAGGCCGCGAUCGACUAGUCGUCGGCAUUGAUUUUGGAACCACUUUCUCUGGCUGUGCGUUUGCUUACAGCGGUGAUCCUGAAUCUGCAGACGAGAUCGAGACCGUCCAGAACUGGCCGGGUUCUAGAGGUGUCACAUCUGACAAAGUUCCUUCUGAGCUGAUCUACGAGACCGCUACAUCGACCUCGGGAGUCAAGCGUAGCUGGGACGGCGAAGUUAUCAGCAACACCAACAUUCGCUGGGGCCUUGAGAUCAAGAACGACGAGACCCGCUUGCGCUGCUUGAAACUUCUACUUGAUCCGAGACAAAGACUCCCAGACUAUGUUUCUCAAGAUGAGCUGUACAAAGAGCUCAAGAAAAGCGGCAAGACCGUUGAAGAAGCUGUCUCCGACUAUCUUACCGAGAUUUAUCGCCGGGCUAAAGAGGCCUUGGUUAAGCGUUUCACCCAGCAUAUGGUCUCAACAACGACAAUCGAAGUCGUUCUUACUGUUCCGGCUGUCUGGACUGAUGCUGCAAAAGACGCCACUCUCAAGGCCGCCGAGAAAGCUGGCAUGGGCCCCGAGCUAUACAUGAUUAGUGAGCCCGAAGCUGCCGCAAUCUAUGCACUGAAAUCUAUGGGUAACAAACAGAAGCUGCUCAAGGUGGGAGACAACUCCAUUGUCUGUGACGCCGGUGGAGGUACCAUUCGCUCCUUAUCGCCUCUCCGCCUCGAGGAGUCUGCGACGGGUACUGGAGCACUAUGCGGUGGUGUUUUUCUCAACAUGAGGUUUCGAAACCUCGUAGAGUCUCGAAUGGGCGCUCAAGCGUUCAAGGACCUCUGUGAGCAGAAGCCUAAAUGCAUGAAUGUUGCACUCGCCGAAUUUGAGAACUACGUCAAACGCAAUUUCGAUCCUCUGAGCAGUCAGUGUACAUACGAUGCCAGCAGCUUCAACAUCCCAUUUCUGGGCGCUCCUGACAAUGCUGCCAUGGGUAUUGAUUCUGGAUUCUUCAUCCUCUCGUCAGCAGAAGUCGCAGAAGUCUUCAGGCCUUUGGUAACUUCAGUAAUUGAUCUCGUCGAAAGACAACGCAUCACACUCGCAGCGCAUGACAAGACAGCUAAGGGUGUUGUGCUAGUUGGGGGAUUUGGGCAGUCCGAUUUUCUUCAUACGAGCUUGAAACAACGCUUUGCUGAUGAGGACCCACCACCGACAUACACUCGAACAACAGAAGAUCCACAGCCUGAGUUAGAGGGACCAAGAUUCAUUGUCAUAAAGCCUAAGAACUCUUGGACUGCAGUCGUCAGGGGCGCAGUCUUGUCCAAUCUGGAGGAAAAACUCGUCCUGAGUAGAAAGGCAAGGCGUCACUACGGCAUUGUAUGCAACCAGCUCUGGGACGCCUUGAGACACUCGUGGUCGGUCAGGUAUCUGGAUCCUCUUGCGCAAGAGUUCAGAGCAAGAAACCAGAUGUCAUGGCACGUCAAGGUGGGCCAGGAUAUGCCAACCAGAUCGCCUAUUACCCUCCCAUUCUACAUCACGACUGCAUGGGAUGAUGGCUACCCCGAUAACCAUACCGUCAAGAUCAUGAUCUGUGACGAGAAGAUCGCACCACAGGAGUACAACGACCAGGCAGAGAUUCGCAAGCUUUGCACGAUCGACGCCAACCUCCGCAGGAUUCCUCGCAGAAGUUUUAAGAAGAAGACCAAGAAUGGCAAAUCGUACCGCCAACUCGACUUCGAGAUCGGUAUGCAGAUCGACAGUGGCGGAUUGGUAUUCGAUUUGAGAGUCAAUGGUAUCGUCUACGGUACAGUCAAGGCUACUUACGAAUAA